CGGGCUGCGGCGCCAAGCGUGAGGCUCAGUUAAAUGUGAGGAGGAGGCGGGCCUGGGGAAAGAAUGGCGAAGAAGAAUAUACAAACCAAAGAAAUGAAAGAAGAGAAAAGAAAAAAGCUAAAGCGACGUGUGACCCAAAAGGGAGAGCUGGAGUCAGAGGCCGAACCGAAGAAAAAGAAACGAAGUCUCCAGGCAGCAGAUGAAGAGGAAGAUCUUACUCCAGAGGAAAGGAGGAAAUUGGAAAGAAAAUUGAAAAAGGAGCGCAAGAAAGAAGAAAAAAAGCUGAUGAGGGAAGCUGGAAUCUCUACUAAGAAAGCAGAACCCAAGAAGCUGUCAGGAUCUGAACUGGCUCUGGCCUAUUUAACCAGCUGGUCUGAAAACCCAAAGGAGUGGAAGUUUCAAAAGACGAGGCAGACCUGGCUGCUCUCACACAUGUAUGAGAAGGAGAAGGUUCCAGAUGAGCAUUUCACCAUUUUACUGGACUAUCUGCAGGGCCUUAAGGGCAGUGCACGAGACACAACUGUGCAGAAAGCUGAAGCUCUGAUGCAGGAGUUGGAUGGAUCGGAUGCAGAAGACCCAACCAUGAUGGAGAAGUGCGAUCGCAUACGCCAAGUUCUGCAGCUGCUGUCUUGAGAAUGGUUCUGUGUCUCGGUGCUUGUCUGAUGGAAAGAAGCAUUGAACAUCACGUGCAAUACUUCAAAUUCGUUGUGAAGACAUAUUUUGAUAAUGAAUCUGAAUACUGCAUUUUCUGAGUUUGUACUCGUGUUUUCAGCUACAAAUAUUUAUCAUGUUUUGAGGUGAUGAAGUCAAAACUGAACACCAUAUAUGAUCCAUAGACAUGCUGCAUUGAUUAAAAGCAAUCUCACUGCUUAUCUUUGGAAAAA